AUGGUAUCGAUAUUCAAAGCGCGAGCGGUAUUCCCGCCUGUAGAGUCUCUCCCUAGGUCAUACUUCCUGGGUCAUCAUGCUGCGGGUCUGUCCAAGAUGAACACGCUAUUGUCGCAAAUCGACCUGAUUGUCGAGUGCCGUGAUUACAGAGUCCCACUAACCUCACGUAACCCGUUGUUCGAACAGAGUCUGGCAGGUCGCGAGCGCAUCAUCAUCUAUACCAAGCGCGACUUGGGUAGCAACAACAAGCCUGCCGACAAGGAGAGAGAGAACAUCAUUCGCAAAUGGCACAAACCCUCCGAGGUCCUCUUCUCCGACCACAAAGACAAGAAGGACAUUCGCAAAGUCCUAGCCUUCGCUCGUCGCUACUUCGAGAACAGCACGUCCUUGACCGGUUCGCGCAUCAUGGUCGUUGGCAUGCCCAAUGUUGGAAAAUCUUCGCUGCUCAACGCUCUGCGAAAAGAAGGAGUCGGAAAGGGGAAAGCGGCACACACAGGCGCUCAGCCAGGUGUCACGCGCAAGAUUUCAACAAGCGUCAAGAUCAUCGACAGCACCGAAGAUGGAGAGGGCGUAUACUUGCUCGAUACUCCUGGUGUCUUUAUACCCUACGUCCCCGAUGCCGAAGCCAUGCUGAAGCUUGCCCUGUGCGGCAAUGUCAAAGACACCAUUAUCCCACCUGCCACUCUUGCCGACUAUCUCCUCUAUCGUGUCAACCUGAUCGAUCCCACCCUCUACAAGGAAUACUGUCCACCUACGAACGACAUCAUCGAACUGCUCAAUGCCAUUGCACAUAAGACUGGUCGUCUGCAAAAAGGUGGUGAACCAGAUACCGAGGCCGUUGCUUUGUGGAUAAUACAACGCUGGAGAAACGGUCUCUGGGGCCGCUUUCUCCUCGACCAAGUUUCCGAAGGCGGUCUACAAAAGAGAAUCUUCGAAGAGUCCAGUAUGGGCGGCAGCAUGAAUCAGGCCAGGAGAGCCGACAAAGAAGCCCGCAAACUGAGAAACAUCAGAAGACAUGCUGGUACCAGCGACUGA